GAGAUUCACAACAACAAGCUCAUCAGAUUUAAAGGACGAAAACCCUCCUCGUGGACUUGUUGAGCAACAGGCAUUGGCUGUUACCUGGACUCCUCCAAUAAACCCAUGGCAGUGUUAAAGCUGUUCUUAAAGGCUGGUCUGCUCCUUCAGUUUGCACUGCAGCUGUUGGAUGGAGCUGAACCUCAGAACCUAAACUGUCCUGCAUAUUGUAGUGUUCCUGGCACUCCCGGACACAAUGGUCUGCCUGGGAGAGAUGGGAGAGAUGGAGCGAUCGGACCCAAAGGAGAGAAGGGAGAGCCAGGAGUGAGUGUUCAGGGACCACCAGGUAAAGCGGGACCACCUGGGACAGCUGGAGAAAAGGGGGAAAGGGGACCUUCAGGUCCACAAGGCUCUCCUGGACGUGAACUCUUAUCUGACACCCUAAAAUCUGAGAUGCAGCAACUUAAUGCCAAGAUUGCUAUGAUUGAGAAAGUUGUGAGUUUUAAUACAUUCAGAAAGGUCGGACAGAAAUACUACAUCACUGAUGGUGUUGAGGCAACUUUUGAUGCAGGGAUGAAGUACUGUAAAGAUGUUGGUGGUACAAUAGUUUUGCCAAGAACUGCUUUUGAAAAUCAGGUAUUAUUGAAAGUAUCAGUAUCCAGUGGUUUAGGUAGUAAGAAGCCAUAUAUAAGAACUACAGACAGAGAAACAGAGGGACGGUUUAUGGACACUGAGGGGAACCAAUUGACUUUUACUAACUGGCAUCCUGGUCAGCCUGAUGAUUAUAAGGGGGUGCAAGACUGUGGAACAAUAACAGACUCUGGCCUUUGGGAUGAUGUUGGUUGUAAUGGUCAACAUCCCAUCAUAUGUGAAAUAGAAAUCAGAUAGUAUGUAUAAGAUAUAUUGAUGUAUACACAUCUAUAAUAUUAAUAUGCUAUUAACAGCACACACAGUAUUCACAUUAUAAAUCACACUGUCAAAUAUAUCCUUUUAAAAAAUUAUAUUACAGUGCAUAAAAUAUACACAAAUAAUUGCCCUAAGGUUUUUUUUUUUUUUUUUUUACAAAUUAAUAAAUGCAUUAUUACGAUUAUAUGUCAUGAAUCAAAGUGUCUCUUUUAUUUCAUCUUACAUUAAUUGUAUAACUAGCCAAUUUUAAAUGAAAAACUGAAACUAAACUUUUUUUUUUUUUUUUACUUUUUCUGAAAUAACUGUAGUUAUCCUUUGACUUCUGAAUGGAAUAAACAAACCCAUAUCUUCACUCGUAACUCUCCUUACAAAAUUAAUCAUUAAAAUUUUGACAAACAUUGGAUGUUGUUUUUGUUUUGUUUAAACUUUCUCAUGCAUCAGUUACUUAACUGUGGUAUACCACGUAGAUGCUGCAUUAUUAAUUACCAGUGUUACUAACUAUAAAAUUACAUGUAAAGUCCAAUACAGUUUUUCACCGUAUAGGGGAAUUUACCGUAAACCAUUUAAUAGGUUUUUACAGUGUUUCGCCAUUAAAUUCACAGUCAUUUUUACAGUGUAGAUACAGUAAUAAUGUUACGUUUUGCAGUUACCUGUAGUUUAACAGCAGAUGGCGUUGUUAAAGCAAUCAAAUCUGUGCUGCGGCGUUCGUAAUGGAGUUUAUGCUGCUAGCUGCAGCUCAAAGUAGUUGUCCAGUGUAUGCUGGGGUGCCGGUAACUGCUGGAGAGAUGGAUAGAGAUGGAUGAGACAGGUUUCCUGGACCAAAAGGAGAAAAAGGAGAUCCAGGUCUGUGCUUUUAGUUGUGGGUGUGUUAAGUCAUAAAGUUUGAUGUGGCUGUAGAACAUAAUACUGAAAGAUAAGAUGACUGCAGAUGAGAGAAAUGAGAUUUCAUCAUCAACACCAGUUGGGAAAAUAGGACCACCUGGUGUUGAUAGCCCCUCAAGGACACCAAGGGGAUCCAGGUCCAAUAGGUUAAAUUAAAUCACAGUGAAUUAUUAUUUAUAAAAAUGUGUUAUUAUAAUUAUUAAACAGAAAAACAAGAUUAAUUUCAAACUUUUAUAUGUUAAAAAAAAAAUUUAUUCAAGCAAGGUGUCUAGAAAAAAAAGUAAUACGAUAAAUGAAUAGUGAAGUUCUAGACUGCGAUCAAGUAUUGUCUUUUAACCAUAUCUCAAUUGAGUUUAUACAUUAAUUGCAUAAGGUUCAAGAAAAAUAUAGUUCUUGGCAUUUUCUUCAGAUUUUUCUUCUGAUGCUUGUGAUUUUCACUCUGCUAUGCAUUUGGCACUGGUGUUCAAAGUGCUUUAGUAAUACACCUUCAAUCAGAUGUCAGAAACCUAACAGACAGACUCACAGUAAUUGAGAAAGGUACUAUUCUCCUACAUAAACAAUGACUGCACUAUGCAUGUUUUGUUAAUAUGUGUAAGAAUAUUUAUAUAUUUAAGAUAAUGCUUUUUAAAAUAAAAAAUAAAAUGUUUAGGCCUAUUUCUCAGGAAAGUGGGGCAGAAAUAUUAUGUGUCUGAUGGGCUGGUGGGAAAUUUUGAAAAGCCACAGAAGUUCUGCCCUGACACUGGGGCUAAAAUUGUCCUGCCAAGAAGUGAAGAGGAGAAAAAAGUGCUAACUUCAAUGCAAGUUGCCCUUGAGUCUACUAACGUAUAUGUGCAACAGACAGAAAGAAUGAAGGGCUUUUUGUAGAUAUUAGUGACCAACCAUUAACUUUCACCAACUAGAAAGAAAAAGAGUGAAAUGAUUAUAAUGGAGUAGAGGACUGUAUAAUUAUAAAAGUGGUGUGUGGAAUGACAUUGACUGUAAUUCAGAGUGGCAUGUGGUGUGUGAACUGUGAAACAGAUUAUGAAUGAAACUAAUGUUUGCAUGAAGAAGGAAUAAAGUAAAUAUUUAAAUGGAUUGCAUCAAAGUUUCCUUUCAUACAAAAGGUAUACAGUUCAGCAAUGGUUUAAAGUAAAAAAAAAAAAAAAAAAAACAUUAAUUGACUGGAGUCCUGUGGAUGUAGAUACUUGUGGAUUAUUUUGAUGCUGAGCAAAUGAUAUAAUGAUGUGUAAAUUCUCAACAAACAUUCAUUUUUGGGUGAUCAUACAAUGUUCCCACAGAUAGUUAAAUGGGUUAGUAAAGAAAAGUUUAUUUCAGUUCAGGAGCUCAAACAUUUGAUGUCCUUGCAUUCUUUCAGUUGUUCAAACAGUUAAUUUGCAUUAGACAAACUCUGCACCUAUCAAAAAAGUGACCUUUCAUAUGUAAUAAAGUUGACUGAGCUAAAUUAUUAGGUGAUGAAUCAAAGUAUGUGUUUUUCAUUGCAAAAAA